CAUGGACAACACGCAGGGAGACACGAUUAAUCUCUUCGAAGAUGAGGAAAUCAUUGAAGUCAUCGACCUGGACGAGAUGGAGCCUGGUCCCGGUUGGUUGAAAACAGUCCGCAGCUCGACUGCGUUUGACAACAUGUCAUCAAACUGAACUUUCUCACAGAAGUGUAAAGGCUCAGGAUAUACGGGGCCCCUUUAAAAUAAUGCCCUUCAGUAUAAUGUUAUUAAUGUUAUCAAUCCCACCACCUAUCUAUUCUAUAAUUGUGUUAAUCUACCUUAUUUACCACGUUUGUGUACUUUAUAUAUUCUUUCUUUCUCUCUCUCUUUCCAUCAAGAUGAUUUGGCAGACGACUUGGACGACGUUGACUUUGAAGACGCCAGAGACGACGACGAGGGCUGGGAAACCGAUGACGAGAUGGAAGAGGAGCAAGACGACAGCGAGUUCACCUUCACCAAGCACACGGGUGGAUAAACGACCUCGCCUUCGAUCUCACGCUCUCCUCAGCGGGCCGAGCCGGCGGGUUCAGCUUCUCCCAAACUCCUGUCUGUGUCCAGGCUCGGUGUUCUGCGUGAGUCUGGAUCCCGCCACGAACACCUUGGCGGUGACGGGCGGGGAGGACGACAAGGCCUACGUCUGGAGGGUGAGCGACGGAGAAGUCCUGUUGGAGUGCACCGGUCACAAAGACUCUGUGACGUGCGCCGUGUUCAGCCACGACUCCUCCAUGGUGGCGACGGGCGACAUGAGCGGCGUGAUUAAAGUCUGGAAAGUAGACGCCAAGGAGGAGAUCUGGUCCUUCGAAGUGGGAGAUCUGGAGUGGAUGGAGUGGCAUCCCUCCGCCCCGGUGCUGCUGGCGGGUACGGACGACGGCAACGUGUGGAUGUGGAAGAUCCCUUCAGGAGACUGCAAAACCUUCCAGAGUUCCGCGUGCCAGGCCACCAGCGGCAAAGUCCUCCCCGAUGGUAAACGGGCUGUGGUGGGUUAUGACGAUGGAACGGUUCGUGUGUGGGAUUUGAAGCAGGGAAACGCCACCCACGUCAUUAAAGGUCAGGAGGCACACAAGGGGGCGCUCACCUGCCUGGCGUGUAACAAGGACAGCUCUCUGGUGAUGACUGGUUCAGUGGACGGUUUAUCCAAACUCAUCAACACCGUCACGGGCAAGGUGGUCGGAGCGUUCUCUUUGGACGGAGCCAAAGGGCCGAAGGACGAGGCGGAAGCCAACUCCGUCGAAUCUGUGGGAUUCUGCAACAUCCUGCCUCUCGUUGCCGUGGCGUACCUGGACGGGACUCUGGCCAUAUAUGACCUCGCCACUCAGGUCCUGAGGCACAGGUGCCAGCACGAGGCUGGCAUCGUUCACCUGCAGUGGGAGGAGUCUUCUUCUGUGGUGUCCACCUGCUGCUUAGACGGAGCGCUGCGUCUCUGGGACGGCCGCUCCGGCAGCGUGGUGGCCGAGUACCGCGGCCACUCUGCCGAGAUCCUCAACUUCACCAUCAACAGGGAAGCUUCCUUCGCCAUAACCGCGUCAGGAGACAACCAGGCGAAGGUCUUCUGCCUCCAGCGACCCGACCGGUAAAGAGGAAGACGAGCGGAAGGAAAUGGAGCCGAGGCGUUUAACGAUCAGACUUUUUGUUCUCUCCCACUUUGAGAACGUGUUUCCCCUCCUCAGGAUUUUAAUAAUGUGUGUGAGGUCACACCGUCGUAUCUGACCUGCAUCACUGGGACUAUAGCAUCCAAAACAUCAUUUCGCCAGUUUUCAUCAGAACUUUAGAUAAUUUAAACACGCCUGAAGAUUUUUUUUUUUUUUACAAUUCUUGCCUAGACUGAAGUUUCAAUCUGAUUGUUUAAAACAAACUGUUCCCUCAUUACCUCCUUACGUACGCUCUUGUUCGAGAGUCUGAGACUAAACAGAGGGAAAGAGUCCAAGAGAGAUGCAUUGCAGAGGCCGCUGCCUUUGACAGAAAAGAGGAUUUCCUUUGAUCUUCGUUAUGAGUUUUUUCUUCUUCUUUUUUCUAGUUUACUCACUAAGAGCGAACAUUUGUGGUCUUCCAGCUCUCGGAUACAUUGUUCAGGAAUGAUCUGAUGUAACCUCCAGUGUAAAUACAACAUAAUAAAUGAUGUUCUUUCUUUGGCUCAUGGAUACUAGUGGUGAGUUCAUGAGCACAUCGCGGUCGACUUGUGGGUCACGUGAAAGCGACCUCUUGUUUAGACUGCGGUUUGAUUCAGAUAUGAGUAACAGGAGGAUGCGAGUCAGUUAAGAACCCCUGAAGGUAGUGGUCCCCAACCACCGGGCCGUGGACCGGUACCAGGCUGCACAGAAGGAAUGAAUGAAACAAAUAUUUUAUUUAUUAUCACGGUCCGCCGUGCAAAGUCACUCGUCGUCUGGCGGCCGGUGCACCAUAACAAAUAGAAUUGUCUGUAUUGCUUUCCAUGUCGGAUGUGAGACUAAAAACAAGGCUUUCAAAUGACUUGUAGUUUAAUUUAGGUUUAUCAUUGAUUAAUAGGCUUGAGUCAAAUGUUUAAGUGUCCUUAUUAAACUCAAGUGAACUCAA